AUGAUUCUCACCGGAUCAGACCAUUUCUUAUCGGGUUCGGUGGGAGUGACUGCUUUUCUUGGAGCAGUAGCCGGUUUCGUUACUCUUCUCUUGGUACUCUUUUUAUAUUUAACACGAAAAUGGACUUUUACACCCGUUUCGCAGACGGUUUUUGGUGGAAUCUGUGUACCAUUAAAUGAUACAACUCAUUGUUCGGAUUUUACAACACCUCCGAUUACCAAAAAUUUAGACAAAAUCUUUACAUUUUCGGAUCCAGAAACAAGUUCUGAUUCAGAAGAAGACGCAUUCCGCCGAUUACAAAACUCUCAUUCAACACAUCUUCCGAAUAUUCUCACGAUUCAGACUGAAGAUGGACCAACUUUUGUUGAUGCUGGUAAUACUUCCAAUAAUUGUAAUGAAGAACAUCCUCCAGAUCAACAAGAGUGUGUGGUUGAAGUCGGAUCUUCAAAUAUUUUAAUGGAAACACCAGAAUCUGAUAAAGUUAUUGAAGAACUUUGUAGUCCAUCGAGCGAAAUAGCACCAACACUUGGUGGAUUAAUUGAAGAAAUAGGAAGCUUAGAAGUGGCAUUUUUGUAUGACGCACCAAUGCGAGAAAUGACGGUUCAAGUUCUUCAAGGACGAAACUAUCCAGCAGGUAUCGGAGGAAGUCAAGUUCGUCUUGUUUUGCUUCCGUCAAAGAAGCAGAGACGUAAAACACGAGUUCGUCAAGGUACAUCACCACAGUAUAUGGAAAGCUUUUUAUUACCUCGAGUUAAUCCUGAAGAUGUUAAUGCAAUGGGCGUAAGGCUGAGAGUUUAUCUCUGGGGUGGUAGAAUGCGUCGAGAACGACUAUUAGGUGAAGCUAGAGUUUGUUUUGAUCAAAUCAAUCUUCAAUUAGAAACCACACUUUGUCUGCCUCUACAGCCUCCACCCUCUUCGCCGGUCCAAGAGUGGGGUACGACUACGAGUUUAACUCGAAGUGACUCAACCGGAUCUCAACAGUCUGUACAGUCGUAUGCAUCUCCAACAAUACCUCCUUACGGUAGUAGUAUGAAGGGUGGAAGCAUAGCUGAAAUACUUAUCGGUCUUGCUUACAAUGGUACUACCGGUCGUCUUUCGGUAGAAAUAAUAAAGGGCUCACAUUUUCGUGGUGGUGGUGGUAAUGAUACAAAACCACCAGAUACAUAUGUUAAAUUAACAUUAGUUGACAGUAAUAGUCAUGAAAUGGGUCGAUGUAAAACUGGACUGAGACGAGCACAACCAAAUCCACUUUACAAGGAAACUUUUAUAUUUCAGGUUGCUUUGUUUCAGCUAGGGGAUGUUACACUUUUUGUAUCAGUAUAUAAUCGCCGUCGUUCAGCGAUGGGUAAAAAAGGCCGUGAAAUGAUUGGUUGGCUUUGUCUUGGAUUAAACAGUUCUGGGCCUGAAGAGUUACAGCAUUGGAAUGAAAUGCGGAUUGCAAGGCAACCAACUCAAGUGCAACGUUGGCACUCACUUUUACGUCCAUAA